AUGUAUGUACUACUAAAAUUGGACUACUCGCAAGAAAUAAAAGUUGUUAUGAUGAAGCAAUUAUUAGUGAUAUCUCAAGACCUAGUGGACCAAAACUCAAAAGCCACAUUCAAAGACAUAUUUACUGUGUUCUCUGCAAUGAGACAAGGAUUGCGGUUUAUUGAUUUCUGCUUAAGGUUUAAUACAGUCUCAAUAAAUAUGGAUGAAAGAAAUUUAGUACUCUAUGGUCUUGCUAACGGCUACAUUCGCCAGUUGAGAAAGUACCCUGUGGUAUUAAUAGAAGAAGAUGUUGAAAAAACAUAUAUGGGGAACUACUAUAAUGGCCUAAACUCACUCAAUAUAAUUAGCUGUUUUACAAACUCAGAUGUAUAUCAUUCGGAUGAAGAAAUUGAAAGGAUAUAA